AGUUUAGUAUGGCCGCAACUGCCAAACGAGAACAAUGGUAGAGCAGAGCAGUUAGCCCCGUCGUCACAGUGCCCAAAUCAGUUAAGCGAAGCAAAUGCACUAAAAACAUCCAUCAGUAUUCGGGCAGUACGCACGUUUCUACGACUUUGAAAACUCGUUUGUGCCGCUCCAAACGAUAGCAUAAAUUAAACACGAAAACAACAACAGAGUAUAAAGAUGACAACGGAUACGUCAAAGGGAGCCAUAAACAAUGGCUACGAACUGGAUCAUAGUGAACUGGACAUAGCAAGUGUGGAACCAUUCAAGGAAAUCCCACAGGAUGGCCUGGAGCUAAACCUGCCACGAAAGAUGGAAGACGAAAAGGGAUUCUUCAACCAAAAUCCAAAAAUAGCACGCAUCGUGAGGAUUUCAUUGUACAUUCUAUUGCACCUUGUGGUCGUGGGCUACUUCUCGUAUGCCACCUAUCACUAUAAUGACCUCAGGAACUACGAAUGCUACUGGGGACUCUCAGAUAAUCCGCUUUGUGGCAUCAACUUCUGCUCUGGCUAUGGCAUGCUCCUGCUGCUGCUGGGAUUCAUCUACCUUGGCCUGUUUUACUAUUAUAUAUUCAAGCCCAGAGUGGGUCUCUGGCUGCACAGGGAGUUCCUCAAACCGGCAGCCCAGAAGUGGCACAGCUUUAGCAGAACCAGGGUUGUCUCGCUGGUCUGCAUUGCCUUGCUGCUGCUCCUCCUGGCCAUCUUUUUGUACUUCGAGACUAAGGAUGAGCCGCAGAAACUGGUGUCGCUGGUGGCCCCCUGCUUCUUCAUCCUGUGUGGCUAUUGCUUCUCCACGAAACGCAGCGCCAUCAAGUGGCGCAUUGUGAUCACAGGCAUCACCUGCCAGUUCCUGCUGGGCAUAUUCUGCAUUCGCUGGGAGGUUGGGCGGAAUAUCUUCGACUGUCUGGGCCAGAAGGUGGCCACGUUCCUCGACUACGCCAAGGAUGGUGCUCAGUUCGUCUUCGGUGACUUCCUCAUUCAGGCCGAAGUCUUCGCGUUCGCCAUUCUGCCCGUGAUAUUCUUCUUCAGCUUCUUCAUUUCCAUUCUGUACUACAUGGGCGCCAUGCAGUGGGUGGUCAUAAAACUGGGCUGGAUACUGCAGCAGAUAUUGGGCACCACCGUAUGCGAGAGCGUGACCGCUGCGGCCAACAUCUUCCUGGGCAUGUCCGAGAGUCCCCUGCUCAUCCGGCCUUACAUCAACAAGCUGACCAAGAGCGAGAUACACAGCAUAAUGGUGUCCGGAUUUGCCACCGUGUCCGGCACUGUGCUGGCGGCCUACCUGUCCUUCGGGGCAUCCGCCGCCCAUUUAAUAACCUCCUCGGUAAUGGCUGCCCCGGCCACUUUGGCAAUCUCGAAACUCUACAUGCCCGAGACCGAGGAGAGUCAGACCACAUCGGAGUCCAUUGAGCUGGAGAAAUCGCAGGACUCGUCCCUACUAGAUGCUGCGUCCAGCGGUGCCAGCAAUGCCGUGCCCAUUGUCCUGGGCAUCAUUGCCAACAUCGUGGCGUUUGUAGCUUUUGUCGCCUUCCUCAACGGCAUUGUCAAUUGGCUGGGAUAUCUGGUGGGUGUCGACGAUAUAGACUUUGAGUGGAUAUUCUCCAAGCUGUUCAUUCCGCUCGUCUGGGCCAUGGGCGUGCCGAGCCAAGACUGUAAUCUCGUUGCCAAGGUCGUGGCCACAAAGACGAUAAUCAACGAGUUCGUGGCCUACGAACGACUGGGCGCAUAUAUAAAAUCCGGCGAAAUCACAGCUCGCAGCGCUGGCAUUGCCACGUUUGCCAUCUGCGGCUUUGCCAAUCCCAGUUCGCUGGGUAUCCUCAUUGGAUCCCUGAGUGCCAUGGCCCCGCAUCGACGCUCCACCAUCACAUCGGUGGCAUUCAGAGCCUUUGUUGUAGGCAGCAUUGUGUGCUUUGUGUCUGCCAGUUUCGCAGGCAUACUUUUACAAGAAGACGACGAAAGGACGAACUACAACAAGAUCAUACAGAAAUUGAGUCGUAAUUCCACCCACGUCUAGGAAUACACAGGUUUAGAUCUUAGAUCUUUAUAGAUAAAUAUCUGAUCAACUUAAGAAUAAUAAAAACAACGCUUUAUUUAUGAAACUGA